AGAAGACGGUUACCAGGGUAACGUCAACAUCAUCUCUAGUAGCUGACUCUCUAGCUAACCUAGCUAGCGUUUUAACUCUCAGUUGACUCUUUUCCUCUCAAGUAAACCAGCUGACUAAACAACCGGUUGGACAUUUUAGAGAGCGACUUCUACUGUCGACGAAAAGGACAGUUUUCAGGAGUUCAGUUGAAGGCACCAUGACGAGUCAGCGGCCUCCCUCCGGCAUUGGCCGCCCAUUGAGCCGCAGUGGAUCUGUGGUCCCUGGUGCUGGAAGACCCCCAACGGCCGUCCGACCUCCUCCUACAGCUAUCCGUGUUGCAACUGGAAUGGUUCCAGGUACAAGUGGUCAUCCUGGCAUGAGGGGCGGCAUCCCCAUGGCCACGCCUGGAGUCCUGUCAGCACAGAUCAAGGUGACUGACAGACCUGUGACCCAACAGGGGCUCAGUGGUAUGAAGACUGGCAUGAAAGGACCUCAGAGACAGAUUCUGGAUAAGUCCUACUACUUGGGCCUUCUUAGGAGUAAGAUCAACGAGUUAACCACAGAGACUAGCAAACUGCACAAAGAGAUUGACAACUACAACCAGGAGAAUUCAGUUUAUCUCUCCUACGAGAAGAGAGCCGAAGGCCUGGCUGCAGAGAUUAAGGAUCUUCAAGGCCAGCUUGCUGACUUCAACAUGCUGGUGGACAAGCUCAACACCAACACAGAGAUGGAGGAAAUGAUCAACGACUACAACAUUUUAAAAGCCCACAAUGACAGCGAGGCUGAAGGCAUCGAUAGCAUCUUCACUGAGAGGAGAGAGAGAGAGGAGGCUAUCAGGGCAAUAGAAGAAGAGAUCAGGAGGGAGAGGAGGGUCGCUGACGAGGUCGUCCAGGCAAUGCCGGCCGCGAAGCAGGAGAAGUAUUUCACCAUGACAACAGCCAACGAGGAACGGCUACGGGAGCUAACUGUUCUCCAGGAGGAGCUGGACAUUCUGAUAACCAGGAAGGAGGACUACGAGGCUGAGCUGGCCCACUCACAAAUAAAGCAGGAAGUGGUUCGGCUUCAUGAGACUCUGUCAGCGCUGGAGGCGAAGCGGGACACCAUGGAGGCUGAGCACAAGAGCCUGGGCUCCCCACUGGAGGAAAGAGAGCAACUAUUCAAACAGGUGAAGGAGGACAACCAGGAAAUCGCCGGCAUGGAGAGACAGCUUACAGAGAUCAGGGACAGGAUGGGACAAAUCACAGAGGAGUUCCGACAGCUGGAGCAGGACUCAGAGGAAGCACAAGGGGAGUGUCAGCAGAAAUACAAAGAGCUGAAGAGGAAGGAGGAGGAAAUUGACCGGUACCUGGAGUCAUUUGAGGAGUCCAGGACUCAGGAGCAGGACAAGAUGACACAGAGCCAGGAGAACAUCGUCUCCCUCCUGGAACACUGCAGCAGAAACAUGUUGCGACUACAUCAGGUGGAUACAGUGACAGCCAGUGAGCUGAGGAACAUGCAGGAGGUGCUGGUCAGCAAGGAGACGGAGGUGGUCCAAUCAGAGAGCACUGCCAGAGGACUGACAACUGAGUCCCAGCGUCUGCAGCAGGACCUGGAGAAGGUGCAGCAGCUGGAGGGGAAGAUCUCAGAUGAGCUCAGCACCCUGAAGGAGCGCGUCGAUAACAUGGACUCUGAGCUGGUCACCUACAGAGACCUGGACACCCUGAGGAACACAGCUGAGGAGAAGAAAAAGAGACUACAGGAGGAGCGCGUGUCACUGUCUCGGCGUCAGGAUUCGUUCAAACAGCUGUUGGAUGAAAUGAACCAGAAAUAUGAAGCUCUGAAGACCAAACUGCAAGAAAACGAGACUCACGCUCAGCUGGCUAACCUUGAGAGGAAAUGGCAACACAUGGAGCAGAACAACUUUGUAAUGAAAGAGUUCAUUGCCUCUAAAUCUCAGGAGAGUGACUACGCCUCGGUCGCCAAGAACGUCUACCAUCAAAUAGCAGAGUACAACAAGUGUCUUAUAGACUCCUUGCAGAACAACAGGAACACACACACAUAAGAAAACAUGUUAUAUUUAAGACAUUUGCAGUCUGUCAGUUAAUGUCAUGAUAAAAUGGUCCAUAGAUGGAAUAGUUUAACACUAAUGCUCAGUUGUCUCUUAACAAAGCAUUGAUACUUAAAAAUGUUUCAGUAGCACUCUAUUUUCUUAUGGGGUUUUAUUUAUUAUUAAAAAGGCAUAAAAGAUUUUCCAAUGUCCCUCCCCUCCAUUUACAUGGCAUAUUAAGCUUCGUUUUGUACUGUCAUUCAAACAUUUUAUGCAGAUUGUUUUCUUUUUCUUUUUUUUUUUUAUGAGAACAAGAAAAUAAGACUUUUAUUUUCAAUACUGUGUCUGUGAUUUGCUGGCCUUAAAAAGGAAUAUUUGUGUUGGGAUCCAGAAUCAUAAACUUUUUUUCCUUUCCCCGUUGUCAGAUCUACAUCACAGCCGUGCUGUAAAGGGUUAACCAGCAGCCUCACAAAGCAGCUCUUUGAAGCAACAUCUGUUUUUUGCAUCAAAGUAACGUGACAGCACUAUUACAGUCAGCGAGACGGUGAUGUAAACAAGAGCGUUUUUGUCUAGUCUUUGUCUCACAGCCAUCGCUUUCCAAAGAUACAAAUAAAAGGCGUCCUCAGAUGGAGGAAUUUGA